CAAGAUUUGACCUUUUCACAGUUCCCAGCUUUAGCCGGAGCUCUGAAAAUUCACGUUCAGUUUUUCACACGCACACAUUACACGCACAUGUUUAAGCCAUAUUAUAUUCAUACCAAGUUGUGAAUCUCCAUAGAGUUAGUGGGGAUUGAAUAAUUAGUUGCAGCUAUUGCCCAAAGAUCAGAUUUUUAUCUAUUUUACGCGCACACACACACACACAGAGAGAAAAGUACUAGCGAGAUAGCGAUGGAGGUUGAUGGGGUUUUCCUCCGCUUCACUUUUUCUCUAUCUAGUUGCAGCCAAUUUUUUCUACAUUUACAUUAGUUGCAGCCAAUUUUUUCUUUUUUCUUUUUUUACUCUGUUUACUCGUUCUCAAAAUUUGCCUCUUUUCGAUUUUAUUAUUAUUUUUUUCUCCGUCUCUGUGUGUGUGUGUGUUGAGAUGGGGGUGUGUGUUUCUCGUCCGGAGAACUGCGUGGGAGGUAAAUUCGGAGGGUCGAGGAAGAAGAGGAAUAGAAAGAGGAGAAGAAAGGUUUUGAGGAAAAGGGCUCACUCUCACGUGUCUGAUCUGUCAUCGGACAGUAGAAUAGAAAUCGAAAAGCUUACUCCUUUGCCGGAGGAUCGUGCCUUUGAUAAUCCCACUUUUCAUGAAAGUGUGGAGGAGACAUGGUUCGACUCAUCAGCUGGUAUCCUAGAUUCCGAUUGGAGUGAUGAAGACUACCAAAGUAUACCUGAUGUUCAACUUUUAGAUUUGGCUUCCAAAAUCAUUUUUUUUCCCUUUAUUAUUACAGAAAUGCUCUCUCUAAGUGGCUCAGAUGCAACAUCCAUAACGAAACCCGAAGAAUCGCUUAUUGGCCCAAAGCCCGUUUAUGCGGAUGAGAUAUCGGGCUCGGGUCCAAAUGGUGAAACAUUAAGUCGUGAUGAUGAGAAUAACUUGUUGGGAAACUGUGGAGUUAUCCCGAGCAACUGUUUGCCUUGCCUGGCUUCAGCCAUUAAUGGUGGUUCGGUUGAAAAGAGAAGGUCUUUUAGCUCGAGCCCAACAAAUGGGAGGAGAAAAUCUGCCUCGAAAAUACCGUUUAAAUGGAAGGAGGGACAUCAAAUGUCAGCCAUAUUUUCUUCGAAGACAUUACUACAAAAGCCAAUAGCCGGAUCCCAAGUGCCUUUCUGUCCCUUAGGAAAAAGAGUGCCCGACAGUUGGUCGAACAUCGAGCCGGGGACUUUCAGAGUCAGAGGAGUUAGUUAUUUCAGAGAUAAGAGAAAAGAGCAUGCUCCGAAUUCUGCUGCGUAUUAUCCAUUUGGCCUCGAUGUUUUUUUAUCUCCGAGGAAAAUUAAUCACAUUGCUCGGUUUGUGGAACUUCCCUUUGUAAAUUCUUCAGGGAAACUCCCGCCUAUCCUGGUUGUAAAUGUUCAGAUACCUUUAUAUCCUGCAGCAAUUUUUCAAGGCGAAACAGAUGGCGAAGGAAUUAGCUUUGUUUUGUAUUUCAAACUUUCCGAAAGGUUUGCUAAAGAUCUUCCAAACCAUUUUCAAGAAAAUAUUCGGAGGUUAAUUGAUGAUGAAGUUGAAAAAGUCAAAGGCUUUCGUAUGGAAACAAUUGUUCCCUUCAGAGAAAGAUUGAAAAUUUUGGGUCGUGUGGCGAAUGUUGAUGACCUUCCCAUGAGUGGGGCCGAGAGGAAACUCAUGCACGCUUACAAUGAAAAACCCGUGCUUUCUCGCCCUCAGCAUGACUUUUACUCGGGCCAAAAUUAUUUCGAAAUCGACUUAGACAUGCACAGGUUCAGCUACAUAUCGAGAAAGGGGUUCGAAACAUUCCUGGACAGGCUAAAGCUGUGUGUUCUGGAUUUUGGAUUAACAAUUCAGGGUAACAAAGCUGAAGAGCUGCCUGAGCACCUUUUGUGUUGUAUAAGGUUAAAUGAGAUUGAUUAUUCGAAUUAUCACCAGCUUGGAUUUUAUGAGGAGACACUUGAAUAGGCUUGCUAAAGGUGUAAUUUAUCAUCCAUAUAAUUUUAUAAUAAAUCCAAUUUUUAUUUUUUUUUCACUAUAGUUGGUUUGCAAAUAAUAAUUUCAUUUUCCAGAAAUUGGUAAGGUGUGUAUCUUCACAAACCAAAAAUUAUGAGAUCAUGAUAUUUAAGUUUGAA